AGCACACGGUUGUUCUCCUUUUAUCCCCUUUGAAGGAGCCUCCUUUCUUUGCUUUUAGCUACCACCAAAAAGUGAGAAAGACCACCUAAUGUGUUAACCAAAUCCAUCUCAGAUUAGCUCUUUUAUAAAUUACCGCGCAGCUUGUCCAGAAAGAAUUAAACUAGACAAAAAUGGUAACUUUCUCUUGUGCAUUAUACCCAGUGAAUCUACCAUAACGCACUAAAAUCUACCAUAAAAUCCUGCAAAUGGGUCUUUAUUAAACCUUGAUCCAACCCUUAUUCCUCCUCCCCAAUACUUCCCACCCCCCACUCCCCACCCCCCCGUCUCUUCUCUUUUCUCUCUGUUUGCCAUCCUUUCAUCCCAUCCAACCCUCCCUCCUCUCACUAUGGGGUCCAAAACCCAUCUGAGUUUUGGGCUUCUUUGUGCUUGUUUGGCACUUCUUGCUGUCUCCUUGCAUGGGAUGACAACAGAGAGGUUUCACCAUAAGAAUAAAAACAAGCAGCAGAACAACGGGACGGCGGGCCGGAGGGAUCUAACCAAGAGAAUUAGCUGUGACUUCUUCCAAGGGAGCUGGGUCUAUGAUGACACAUAUCCUAUCUACGACUCAUUGAGCUGCCCGUUCGUGGAGCCUGAGUUCGACUGCCAGAAGUAUGGCCGGCCGGACAAGCUCUACCUCAAGUAUAGGUGGAGGCCCAAUGCCUGCGACCUCCCAAGGUUCAAUGGCCUGGAUUUCUUGGAGAGAUGGAGGGGAAAGAAGAUUAUGUUUGUGGGAGACUCCAUAAGCCAGAAUCAAUGGGAGUCGCUUGCUUGCAUGCUCCAUGCGUCGGUGCCCUACGCCCGGACCACCUUCACCAGGUCAAAGACUCCCUGGACUCUCACAUUUGAG